AUGGGUAAGGACGGAGAUCCCAGUGGCAUGAAACCAGGAGACCUUGAAGCCGCACGGCCGUCGAGUCGACUCGAUUCUGGCGACCCGAGGAUGCAAGUGGCACGCGUCCUUCUUCCGGAUGGCACACACAAAGAAUUCGCCCUCAACGUGAGUCGGCAUCAGACAAAUGUUUUUUUGGAAACAUCGUUUCGUAGCUGUCGGAUUUUUUGCACGAAAAAGGACAGUAAAUUGUUAGGGGUGAAAAAUCAAAACAACAACAGAUCAAUCAAUUAUUCAGGAGAUUUUCAGCUAUUGUACACUUUUGAGUAUGUUUUAAUAGUCAAAAAUAAUUGAAAAAAGUGAGAAUACUCUAACAGAAAUGGAGACGUCACCCUCUGUGAACCCCGAAAAAAGUGAAAUUUUUGUUGAUGUUUUCGGUGCACCCCUGGGGCAACCGGUCAGAUAUAAAAAGUUUUUUUCGAGCUACCGUAAAAGCCUACGAUGAAACUGUAAAAAGUAUCAUAUUGAAAAACAAACCUCUUCGAAAUCCUGUACGGGAUAAGUACCUCAAUAGGCGUUUAAAGCUAAACCGGGUACACUGCGGGGUGCACCACACCUUUUAUUAGAGCAAAAUUCGUGGAUAAUGUCUCUAUCGUCGGUUUCACUCAGCCGUGAAGAGCACAAAAAAAUUUGUCUUUCCGGGAUCUUUUUAAAGGUAUUUUUCCACGCCCUUUGAAUCGUUCUGCUGCUUUUCUAAAAUCUGAUCAAUAAUUUGUAAGAUUUCCCGUAGAAACGUGAAGAAGUUUUUUACAGCGUACGUCCGAUGGAGAGGCGCUUUUCCGCCUCGUAACGGCGGAUCUUUCGAUCGAAGAGCGCGAGUACUUCUCACUCUGUUUCUAUGAGAAAACCGAAGGAGGUCGUCAUUGGCUUUAUAACGACAAGAAGAUCGCAAAGCAGCUCAAAGGUUGGCUCUGAAAGAGACGACUGACAACUUCGACCGUUCAGGUCUGCCAUGGGAAUUUUCGUUCGAGGUCAAGUUCUAUCCGACCACUCCUACGACUUUGAAUGACGACCAUGCGAGAUAUUACGUCUUCUUACAACUUCGGCGGGACAUUUUAUCUGGAAGGUAUAUCAUUUUUUCAAAAUUAAAAAACCGUUAUGUUUUUCAUAUGUUUAAAAGUGCAGUUUCUAUGUUCUCUUACGUUGGCCAGUAGCACCCGCGGAUGCUACCGCCGCUCACCUGAAACGCAAUUUUUAGCCGCGCAUAGAUCCCAUUUGAGUUUAUCUACGCAAACGCCCAAUUCACCAGCCGAGCUCCCGUUUAGGUCCAGGGGAUCGCCCGAAACUUUGAAAAAUCACCGGGUGAUCGGCAGAAGCCACUGUAAAGCGCCCGGUUUGCAAAUAUAUGACUUAUUACCCCUACGGGUGCCACUGGCCAGCAUUAGAGUUUGCCGUAUUCGAAAAAAUUAACUUUUAGAAUUGCGAAAGAUUUCUAACUAGUCUUUUCACGCCGAAAGAAACUUAUCAAACUAACAAAAAAUACAGAACGAGAGAUUAUAUGUAGUUUCGUCAUGGAGCAAUGUAAGGAACUUUAUCGAUUUUCAGAAUUACCUAAGGAGAAAAGGAUGAUACUUCUAUCCCAUCAAAUAGUGAUUGAUGUGUUUUCGUAGAGAACGUGAGAAUAAAAAAUAAUUUAUCGGCUUCCAAAAAAUUUUUCGAUGUCGUUUUACUGAAAAGGCGCCGAUAGAUUGUAGAAUUACAAUGAAAGUUUCUCAUAAGUUCAACUGAAAGCUAGGUUAUACCUAAGAAAAAGAAGGGACUAUCUUUUUCCAAGUAUUAUCACAGCAUAAGAAGUUUUGAAUUUUCGGAAAAUUAACUUUUUUUCUCUCCCUAAACGUUUCAACGAGAUCUUUCGAAGAAACAGUUAUCUUUGCGUCAGUUUUCUCAAAAAUAUCCAUUCAAUUUGUAUAAAUGACAGGCUUGCUGCAAGUGUCGCGACACACGCGAUCCUCGGCUCUUACGUGGCACAGGCCGAGUUCGGCGACAGUCCUCAAACCAUCAACGAACAAUACGAAAACUUCCUGCGAACCGCUCGGAUCGUACCUGAUCCCAAUCCCGAAGUCUUGACUAAAGUUGUGGAGUUCCACAAGGAGCUUCGGUUUGUUCCGGACAAUUGCCGAAAUGUGCGGUAUUUUCCAGGGGAAGAACGGCAUCCGAGGUCGAAAAUCUCUAUCUGGACACGUGCAAACAGCUUUCCCUCUAUGGCAUUCACUUGUUCCCAGCUAAAGUACGUUUAUUUUGGGGUUAAAAAAAUUUUUUAAAAGCUAAUUUGACACAAAAUAUGGGGAAGGUCGAUAUUCUCGAAAUUCUGAAGGCUCUUGGGGUUCCAGAUUAAUCGAUAGGAAAGUGGACCCUUUGAAAACGUUAAAACACUUCAUUUUACCUGUUUCUGAGUACUUUGAGCCGGAAUGUGAAUUUUCAAAGUUUUAAAGGGUUAUUUUACUUACGAAAGGGAAAACUCGAUAUUAUCGAAAGCAUGUCUUCAACAAUUUCUUCUUUCAAAAAGUGAAUUCCGGUUUCUAGGACAAAAACGACGAUGACGUCAGGGUGGGUGUUGGAUCUGCGGGCAUCUACUGCUUGAAGAGCAACUCCCGUGAAAGUCGCUUCGGAUGGCAAAAUAUUGUCAAAAUCAGUUAUCGCAGAAGCUACUUCUUGGUGAAGCUGAAGCCCGGAGAGGUAACUUUCUCGGUUUUUUUCCUCAAUCGUUUUUUUUUUUGCAGGUCGAUAAGAACGAAGCUGUUGUUUCGUACAGACUCUCGGACUAUCUUCAUGCCAAGAGAGUCUGGAAAUGUGCUGUUGAGCAUCAUACCUUCUUCAGGUCGAUCAUUUUUGAAGUUAAAGAAGAAGAAUAGGCUUUUUCAAACUUUCAAAUAUAAAAAUUUUUCUAUUUUUCUAAAAAAAAAUGGACACAUCAAGUUGAUUUACAACUUGAAGGGCAAAUUAUCGGUUGGCAAUGAUAAAUUUACUUUUUAGCCGAUCAAGUCAAUUUUUCAUUUUAAAAAAGGCCAUUUUCGAAACUCAGGAGGGUAAUUUUCGCUUCAAUUUCAAGAAGGAUGAAUAUUUGAAACAGAGCUGCCCAUGUAUGAAAAAAAAUUUCAAUAGUUCAUUUAAUUCAUAGAUGGGCAAGUACGAAAUUCAUUCAGCCCGGGAGGAGGAGUUGGCUCACAAAAAAAUAUUUGAAGAUUAGGGAAUAAAAUCAAGUUUCAACCUUCGGGAAGUAGUGUUAACUUUAAUUUUUAAAAAAAUUUUGAAAAAGGGGUCGUUUACCUUUAAAAAAAUGAUCUCCCCAUGUAUGACUUAAGCUUAUACCUCUCCGAAUUUCCAGGCUCAUCCAACCGGAAGACAAACCUAAGCAGUCUUUUUUCAACUUUGGCUCUACAAGAUUCCGUUACCAUGGCCGAACGCAGUUCCAAACAAAAAUGGCCAGCCAGAUGUUCGAUAAGCCAUCGACGGUCGAGAGAAUUCAGAGCUCUCGUGCUUCCCAUUCGUUGGAAAACGGUUGGUCGAAUGAUCUCCAAAAAAGACUUAUUUUGAUAUCAGUCUCGCUUUUCACAAAGAGGACUCCUUUAAGUAGCAGAAGCGUUGUCAGAAUCCGAUAAAAGUCACUGGUUAAAAAUAAUCUUAUUUUAUUAAGGUAGUAUAGGUCUUCAAAUGAAGAGCUGCGGAAAGUGAAAAAAAAAACAGAGUUCUAUCAAUACUUGCGUCGGUCUGUAACAGAAAAAAGUUGGAAUGUGAAGAUUUAUCGGAGCUUUGAGAAAAAAAUAGUGGACAGGUUUUAACUGGGUGCAUGAGGAAACAAGGAGAAAUUCAGUAAAAGUCGUUCUUGCCCAAAUUUCAAUUUUUUAGUUGCAAGACAGCCCUUGACUCCGCUCCACUACACUGACAGCGAGUUGGAGCAGAACAAGGUGAGAAACGUUUGGAAAAAGUCGAAAAUGAAGUUUUGCUUGAACAGAUGGCUUCGCCUGCAAUGUCCUACAAUAUCGACUCACGGUCGCCUUCGAAAAAGCAACACGACGAGAAGGUGGGUCCACCGUUUCUCUCUCCGUCGUACGUGGUGGCCGCCGAUGAGCUUUCAUUCACGCCUGAAUCGCCCUGCUCUGCCGGUGCAGCUUAUUAUCUUUCUGAGCGCUCCUCGCUUCGUUCGCCUUCUUCUGCCUACUAUUCUCCAACAACCCCUCUCUCGUCUGGACCUGUAUCACCUUACGACUACUCACCACAUCUUGCUUCCGAAAACAGUGUACAAAUGCGAACCAAGACUAAAACUGGAGCCCACCGGAAUCUUUUCGGUCGGCAAUCUGCGACUUCGACGGAAACGGUGCGCCUUGUCUCCUUCCAUGAACCCGUCGAUGAUACCAUUCCAAUGUCAGUCACUUAUCCAGCCAACGAACUCCCUAACAUUCCCAUCAAUAACAUUGUGCACGUUUACCAUGACGGUCGUUACCAACGCUUGAAUACUCGACAACAAAGACCACCAUAUUUACCUCCUGCUACCUCACGAAACGGCGUUGCGGUCAUCAAUAACUUGCAGUUACUUGAUGAGAUGGAAGAACAACCGCUUCGUUAUUUUGUUGACGUGAAACACUCCGGUAGAACGGAAAUGAAAAGUAACAGACGUCAACUUCACGCUGGGAAAGAAGAUAUUCGCGAAAACCUGAAUCCUCGCGAUUACGUUUUUUCUGACAAUCAAGGUAGCGUUCUUCAGAGAACUGAGUGUUCGAAGGAAAUUCAGCCUUCUCAUAUCAUGCAGUACUCGUCUGUUUAUCACACUGGUCAUUCCUACCCUUCUUCUAGUACUGAAGAUAACUCAGUUCGACUAUUAACACGCGUCGAUCCCAAUUUAGUAGUGAAUAACGACAAUCGUGGUCGAGCUCGCGUCUCAACAUCCAAUGUUAAUGCUUCGAUAACUUCCACUCAACACACGAUGUCAACUACCGUUCGUCGCCAAUCACCAGAUGCCGCAAGGACUAUAACUUUGGAAGCUAAAAUUUCCGAAGUGUCUGAAAACGUAGAACUGAAAAAACAGAAAGAAAAAACAGCCGUUUUACAACAAAAACAUUCACAGUUGAAAGAAGAUUUAGAAAAGAGUAGCCUUGAGAGCAAGAAGAAGGCUGUCAUCCAUGUGAAGAAGGAGCCACCAACUGAAGUCGAAAAGCAUGAAGUUCGUUUGAUUGCCCGUGUUGCUCCAGAUCAACAGCAGGAGCCGGAACCAUCUACCAGCAAGCAGGAAAAGCCCGCCAAGCUUUCCAACUUCUUCAAGAGAGGUCAAAAAUCUCGCGAAGUGGAAUACUACCCGGCAACUUCCGAGUCUUACUCAGGCCCGAUCGUCUCCGUGGAGCGCGGCGAAGAGCUUCAGAACAUUCCUUUGGACACUUCCACGCCAACCUAUGCUUCUUAUUCCCCGAAAAAGACGCCUUCUGAAGCGCCUGUUGUCGUUGAACAGAGACGUUACAGACUCAUCGCAAGGUUGCGUCAUGAAGGCGAUGAAGACGAAGUCGAUAAGAACAGCAUCCAGCCGGAAGCCUAUGGCUUUGCUUCCACAGCAUUUGAAGGCGAUGUCGACGAGAUGGUACCUGAGAAAGAGUUGGAGUCGAAUCCUCUGCGUCAACAUGCUUCUGUCUAUCAUCACGGCCAGUCCUGGGUGAAAGAUCAAGUCUCUACGGAAGUCCCGAAACCAGAUGAAGUCGAAAGAAAGAAGAAGGCCGUCAUCCAUGUGAAGAAGGAGCCUCCAACUCAAGUCGAAAAGCAUGAAGUUCGUCUGAUUGCUCGAAUUGCUCCAGAUCAACAGCAGGAGCCGGAACCAUCUACCAGCAAGCAGGAAAAGCCCGCCAAGCUUUCCAACUUCUUCAAGAGAGGUCAAAAAUCUCGCGAAGUGGAAUACUACCCGGCAACUUCCGAGUUUUACUCAGGCCCGAUCGUCUCCGUGGAGCGCGGCGAAGAGCUUCAGAACAUUCCUUUGGACACUUCCACGCCAACCUAUGCUUCUUAUUCCCCGAAAAAGACGCCUUCUGAAGCGCCUGUUGUCGUUGAACAGAGACGUUACAGACUCAUCGCAAGGUUGCGUCAUGAAGGCGAUGAAGACGAAGUCGAUAAGAACAGCAUCCAGCCGGAAGCCUAUGGCUUUGCUUCCACAGCAUUUGAAGGCGAUGUCGACGAGAUGGUACCUGAGAAAGAGUUGGAGUCGAAUCCUCUGCGUCAACAUGCUUCUGUCUAUCAUCACGGCCAGUCCUGGGUGAAAGAUCAAGUCUCUACGGAAGUCCCGAAACCAGAUGAAGUCGAAAGAAAGAAGAAGGCCGUCAUCCAUGUGAAGAAGGAGCCUCCAACUCAAGUCGAAAAGCAUGAAGUUCGUCUGAUUGCUCGAAUUGCUCCAGAUCAACAGCAGGAGCCGGAACCAUCUACCAACAAGCAGGAAAAGCCCGCCAAGCUUUCCAACUUCUUCAAGAGAGGUCAAAAAUCUCGCGAAGUGGAAUACUACCCGGCAACUUCCGAGUUUUACUCAGGCCCGAUCGUCUCCGUGGAGCGCGGCGAAGAGCUUCAGAACAUUCCUUUGGACACUUCCACGCCAACCUAUGCUUCUUAUUCCCCGAAAAAGACGCCUUCUGAAGCGCCUGUUGUCGUUGAACAGAGACGUUACAGACUCAUCGCAAGGUUGCGUCAUGAAGGCGAUGAAGACGAAGUCGAUAAGAACAGCAUCCGGCCGGAAGCCUAUGGCUUUGCUUCCACAGCAUUUGAAGGCGAUGUCGACGAGAUGGUACCUGAGAAAGAGUUAGAGUCGAAUCCUCUGCGUCAACAUGCUUCUGUCUAUCAUCACGGCCAGUCCUGGGUGAAAGAUCAAGUCUCUACGGAAGUCCCGAAACCAGAUGAAGUCGAAAGAAAGAAGAAGGCCGUCAUCCAUGUGAAGAAGGAGCCUCCAACUGAAGUCGAAUGUCAUGAAGUUCGUUUGAUUGCCCGUGUUGCUCCAGAUCAACAGCAGGAGCCGGAACCAUCUACCAGCAAGCAGGAAAAGCCCGCCAAGCUUUCCAACUUCUUCAAGAGAGGUCAAAAAUCUCGCGAAGUGGAAUACUACCCGGCAACUUCCGAGUCUUACUCAGGCCCGAUCGUCUCCGUGGAGCGCGGCGAAGAGCUUCAGAACAUUCCUUUGGACACUUCCACGCCAAGCUAUGCUUCUUAUUCCCCGAAAAAGACGCCUUCUGAAGCGCCUGUUGUCGUUGAACAGAGACGUUACAGACUCAUCGCAAGGUUGCGUCAUGAAGGCGAUGAAGACGAAGUCGAUAAGAACAGCAUCCAGCCGGAAGCCUAUGGCUUUGCUUCCACAGCAUUUGAAGGCGAUGUCGACGAUAUGGUACCUGAGAAAGAGUUAGAGUCGAAUCCUCUGCGUCAACAUGCUUCUGUCUAUCAUCACGGCCAGUCCUGGGUGAAAGAUCAAGUCUCUACGGAAGUCCCGAAACCAGAUGAAGUCGAAAAAAAGAAGAAGGCCGUCAUCCAUGUGAAGAAGGAGCCUCCAACUGAAGUCGAAAAGCAUGAAGUUCGUUUGAUUGCCCGUGUUGCUCCAGAUCAACAGCAGGAGCCGGAACCAUCUACCAGCAAGCAGGAAAAGCCCGCCAAGCUUUCCAAUUUCUUCAAGAGAGGUCAAAAAUCUCGAGAAGUUGAGUACUGCCCGGCAACUUCCGAGUCUUACUCAGGCCCGAUCGUCUCCGUGGAGCGCGGCGAAGAGCUUCAGAACAUUCCUUUGGACACUUCCACGCCAAGCUAUGCUUCUUAUUCCCCGAAAAAGACGCCUUCUGAAGCGCCUGUUGUCGUUGAACAGAGACGUUACAGACUCAUCGCAAGGUUGCGUCAUGAAGGCGAUGAAGACGAAGUCGAUAAGAACAGCAUCCGGCCGGAAGCCUAUGGCUUUGCUUCCACAGCAUUUGAAGGCGAUGUCGACGAGAUGGUACCUGAGAAAGAGUUGGAGUCGAAUCCUCUGCGUCAACAUGCUUCUGUCUAUCAUCACGGCCAGUCCUGGGUGAAAGAUCAAGUCUCUACGGAAGUCCCGAAACCAGAUGAAGUCGAAAGAAAGAAGAAGGCUGUCAUCCAUGUGAAGAAGGAGCCACCAACUGAAGUCGAAAAGCAUGAAGUUCGUUUGAUUGCCCGUGUUGCUCCAGAUCAACAGCAGGAGCCGGAACCAUCUACCAGCAAGCAGGAAAAGCCCGCCAAGCUUUCCAAUUUCUUCAAGAGAGGUCAAAAAUCUCGAGAAGUUGAGUACUGCCCGGCAACUUCCGAGUCUUACUCAGGCCCGAUCGUCUCCGUGGAGCGCGGCGAAGAGCUUCAGAACAUUCCUUUGGACACUUCCACGCCAACCUAUGCUUCUUAUUCCCCGAAAAAGACGCCUUCUGAAGCGCCUGUUGUCGUUGAACAGAGACGUUACAGACUCAUCGCAAGGUUGCGUCAUGAAGGCGAUGAAGACGAAGUCGAUAAGAACAGCAUCCGGCCGGAAGCCUAUGGCUUUGCUUCCACAGCAUUUGAAGGCGAUGUCGACGAGAUGGUACCUGAGAAAGAGUUGGAGUCGAAUCCUCUGCGUCAACAUGCUUCUGUCUAUCAUCACGGCCAGUCCUGGGUGAAAGAUCAAGUCUCUACGGAAGUCCCGAAACCAGAUGAAGUCGAAAGAAAGAAGAAGGCUGUCAUCCAUGUGAAGAAGGAGCCACCAACUGAAGUCGAAAAGCAUGAAGUUCGUUUGAUUGCCCGUGUUGCUCCAGAUCAACAGCAGGAGCCGGAACCAUCUACCAGCAAGCAGGAAAAGCCCGCCAAGCUUUCCAACUUCUUCAAGAGAGGUCCAAAAUCUCGAGAAGUUGAGUACUACCCGGCAACUUCGGAAACCUACACAGGCCCGAUCGUCUCCGUUGAGCGCGGCGAAGAGCUUCAGAACAUUCCUUUGGACACUUCCACGCCAACCUAUGCUUCUUAUUCCCCGAAAAAGACGCCUUCUGAAGCGCCUGUUGUCGUUGAACAGAGACGUUACAGACUCAUCGCAAGGUUGCGUCAUGAAGGCGAUGAAGACGAAGUCGAUAAGAACAGCAUCCAGCCGGAAGCCUAUGGCUUUGCUUCCACAGCAUUUGAAGGCGAUGUCGACGAGAUGGUACCUGAGAAAGAGUUGGAGUCGAAUCCUCUGCGUCAACAUGCUUCUGUCUAUCAUCACGGCCAGUCCUGGGUGAAAGAUCAAGUCUCUACGGAAGUCCCGAAACCAGAUGAAGUCGAAAGAAAGAAGAAGGCCGUCAUCCAUGUGAAGAAGGAGCCUCCAACUGAAGUCGAAAAGCAUGAAGUUCGUUUGAUUGCCCGGAUUGCUCCAGAUCAACAGCAAGAGCCGGAACCAUCUACCAGCAAGCAGGAAAAGCCCGCCAAGCUUUCCAAUUUCUUCAAGAGAGGUCAAAAAUCUCGAGAAGUUGAGUACUACCCGGCAACUUCGGAAACCUACACAGGCCCGAUCGUUUCCGUGGAGCGCGGCGAAGAGCUUCAGAACAUUCCUUUGGACACUUCCACGCCAUCCUAUGCUUCUUAUUCCCCGAAAAAGACGCCUUCUGAAGCGCCUGUUGUCGUUGAACAGAGACGUUACAGACUCAUCGCAAGGUUGCGUCAUGAAGGCGAUGAAGACGAAGUCGAUAAGAACAGCAUCCAGCCGGAAGCCUAUGGCUUUGCUUCCACAGCAUUUGAAGGCGAUGUCGACGAGAUGGUACCUGAGAAAGAGUUGGAGUUGAAUCCUCUGCGUCAACAUGCCUCUGUCUAUCAUCACGGCCAGUCAUGGGUGAAAGAUCAAGUCUCUACGGAAGUCCCGAAACCAGAUGAAGUCGAAAGAAAGAAGAAGGCCGUCAUCCAUGUGAAGAAGGAGCCUCCAACUGAAGUCGAAAAGCAUGAAGUUCGUUUGAUUGCCCGGAUUGCUCCAGAUCAACAGCAAGAGCCGGAACCAUCUACCAGCAAGCAGGAAAAGCCCGCCAAGCUUUCCAAUUUCUUCAAGAGAGGUCAAAAAUCUCGCGAAGUGGAAUACUACCCGGCAACUUCCGAGUCUUACUCAGGCCCGAUCGUUUCCGUGGAGCGCGGCGAAGAGCUUCAGAACAUUCCUUUGGACACUUCCACGCCAACCUAUGCUUCUUAUUCCCCGAAAAAGACGCCUUCUGAAGCGCCUGUUGUCGUUGAACAGAGACGUUACAGACUCAUCGCAAGGUUGCGUCAUGAAGGCGAUGAAGACGAAGUCGAUAAGAACAGCAUCCAGCCCGAAGCCUAUGGCUUUGCUUCCACAGCAUUUGAAGGCGAUGUCGACGAGAUGGUACCUGAGAAAGAGUUGGAGUCGAAUCCUCUGCGUCAACAUGCUUCUGUCUAUCAUCACGGCCAGUCCUGGGUGAAAGAUCAAGUCUCUACGGAAGUCCCGAAACCAGAUGAAGUCGAAAGAAAGAAGAAGGCCGUCAUCCAUGUGAAGAAGGAGCCUCCAACUGAAGUCGAAAAGCAUGAAGUUCGUUUGAUUGCCCGUGUUGCUCCAGAUCAACAGCAGGAGCCGGAACCAUCUACCAGCAAGCAGGAAAAGCCCGCCAAGCUUUCCAACUUCUUCAAGAGAGGUCCAAAAUCUCGAGAAGUUGAGUACUACCCGGCAACUUCGGAAACCUACACAGGCCCGAUCGUCUCCGUGGAGCGCGGCGAAGAGCUUCAGAACAUUCCUUUGGACACUUCCACGCCAAGCUAUGCUUCUUAUUCCCCGAAAAAGACGCCUUCUGAAGCGCCUGUUGUCGUUGAACAGAGACGUUACAGACUCAUCGCAAGGUUGCGUCAUGAAGGCGAUGAAGACGAAGUCGAUAAGAACAGCAUCCAGCCGGAAGCCUAUGGCUUUGCUUCCACAGCAUUUGAAGGCGAUGUCGACGAGAUGGUACCUGAGAAAGAGUUGGAGUCGAAUCCUCUGCGUCAACAUGCUUCUGUCUAUCAUCACGGCCAGUCCUGGGUGAAAGAUCAAGUCUCUACGGAAGUCCCGAAACCAGAUGAAGUCGAAAGAAAGAAGAAGGCCGUCAUCCAUGUGAAGAAGGAGCCUCCAACUGAAGUCGAAAAGCAUGAAGUUCGUCUGAUUGCUCGAAUUGCUCCAGAUCAACAGCAGGAGCCGGAACCAUCUACCAGCAAGCAGGAAAAGCCCGCCAAGCUUUCCAACUUCUUCAAGAGAGGUCAAAAAUCUCGCGAAGUGGAAUACUACCCGGCAACUUCCGAGUCUAACUCAGGCCCGAUCGUCUCCGUGGAGCGCGGCGAAGAGCUUCAGAACAUUCCUUUGGACACUUCCACGCCAAGCUAUGCUUCUUAUUCCCCGAAAAAGACGCCUUCUAAAGCGCCUGUUGUCGUUGAACAGAGACGUUCCAGACUCAUCGCAAGGUUGCGUCAUGAAGGCGAUGAAGACGAAGUCGAUAGGAACAGCAUCCAGCCGGAAGCCUAUGGCUUUGCUUCCACAGCAUUUGAAGGCGAUGUCGACGAGAUGGUACCUGAGAAAGAGUUGGAGUCGAAUCCUCUGCGUCAACAUGCUUCUGUCUAUCAUCACGGCCAGUCCUGGGUGAAAGAUCAAGUCUCUACGGAAGUCCCGAAACCAGAUGAAGUCGAAAGAAAGAAGAAGGCCGUCAUCCAUGUGAAGAAGGAGCCUCCAACUGAAGUCGAAAAGCAUGAAGUUCAUCUGAUUGCUCGAAUUGCUCCAGAUCAACAGCAGAAGCCGGAACCAUCUACCAGCAAGCAGGAAAAGCCCGCCAAGCUUUCCAACUUCUUCAAGAGAGGUCCAAAAUCUCGAGAAGUUGAGUACUACCCGGCAACUUCGGAAACCUACACAGGCCCGAUCGUUUCCGUGGAGCGCAACGAAGAGCUUCAGAACAUUCCUUUAGACACUUCCACGCCAUCCUAUGCUUCUUAUUCCCCGAAAAAGACGCCAUCUGAAGCGCCUGUUGUCGUUGAACAGAGACGUUACAGACUCAUCGCAAGGUUGCGUCAUGAAGGCGAUGAAGACGAAGUCGAUAAGAACAGCAUCCAGCCCGAAGCCUAUGGCUUUGCUUCCACAGCAUUUGAAGGCGAUGUCGACGAGAUGGUACCUGAGAAAGAGUUGGAGUCGAAUCCUCUGCGUCAACAUGCUUCUGUCUAUCAUCACGGCCAGUCCUGGGUGAAAGAUCAAGUCUCUACGGAAGUCCCGAAACCAGAUGAAGUCGAAAGAAAGAAGAAGGCCGUCAUCCAUGUGAAGAAGGAGCCUCCAACUGAAGUCGAAAAGCAUGAAGUUCGUCUGAUUGCCCGAAUUGCUCCAGAUCAACAGCAGGAGCCGGAACCAUCUACCAGCAAGCAAGAAAAAUCCGCCAAGCUUUCCAACUUCUUCAGGAGAGGUCAAAAAUCUCGCGAAGUGGAAUACUACCCGGCAACUUCCGAGUCUUACUCAGGCCCGAUCGUUUCCGUGGAGCGCGGCGAAGAGCUUCAGAACAUUCCUUUAGACACUUCCACGCCAUCCUAUGCUUCUUAUUCCCCGAAAAAGACGCCUUCUGAAUCGCCUGUUGUCGUUGAACAGAGACGUUACAGACUCAUCGCAAGGUUGCGUCAUGAAGGCGAUGAAGACGAAGUCGAUAAGAACAGCAUCCAGCCCGAAGCCUAUGGCUUUGCUUCCACAGCAUUUGAAGGCGAUGUCGACGAGAUGGUACCUGAGAAAGAGUUGGAGUUGAAUCCUCUGCGUCAACAUGCCUCUGUCUAUCAUCACGGCCAGUCAUGGGUGAAAGAUCAAGUCUCUACGGAAGUCUCGAAACCAGAUGAAGUCGAAAGAAAGAAGAAGGCCGUCAUCCAUGUGAAGAAGGAGCCUCCAACUGAAGUCGAAAAGCAUGAAGUUCGUCUGAUUGCUCGAAUUGCUCCAGAUCAACAGCAGGAGCCGGAACCAUCUACCAGCAAGCAGGAAAAGCCCGCCAAGCUUUCCAACUUCUUCAAGAGAGGUCAAAAAUCUCGCGAAGUGGAAUACUGCCCGGCAACUUCCGAGUCUUACUCAGGCCCGAUCGUCUCCGUGGAGCGCGGCGAAGAGCUUCAGAACAUUCCUUUGGACACUUCCACGCCAAGCUAUGCUUCUUAUUCCCCGAAAAAGACGCCUUCUGAAGCGCCUGUUGUCGUUGAACAGAGACGUUACAGACUCAUCGCAAGGUUGCGUCAUGAAGGCGAUGAAGACGAAGUCGAUAAGAACAGCAUCCAGCCGGAAGCCUAUGGUUUUGCUUCCACAGCAUUUGAAGGCGAUGUCGACGAGAUGGUACCUGAGAAAGAGUUGGAGUCGAAUCCUCUGCGUCAACAUGCUUCUGUCUAUCAUCACGGCCAGUCCUGGGUGAAAGAUCAAGUCUCUACGGAAGUCCCGAAACCAGAUGAAGUCGAAAGAAAGAAGAAGGCCGUCAUCCAUGUGAAGAAGGAGCCUCCAACUGAAGUCGAAAAGCAUGAAGUUCGUCUGAUUGCUCGAAUUGCUCCAGAUCAACAGCAGAAGCCGGAACCAUCUACCAGCAAGCAGGAAAAGCCCGCCAAGCUUUCGAACUUCUUCAAGAGAGGUCAAAAAUCUCGCGAAGUGGAAUACUACCCGGCAACUUCCGAGUCUAACUCAGGCCCGAUCGUCUCCGUGGAGCGCGGCGAUGAGCUUCAGAACAUUCCUUUGGACACUUCCACGCCAAGCUAUGCUUCUUAUUCCCCGAAAAAGACGCCUUCUAAAGCGCCUGUUGUCGUUGAACAGAGACGUUACAGACUCAUCGCAAGGUUGCGUCAUGAAGGCGAUGAAGACGAAGUCGAUAGGAACAGCAUCCAGCCGGAAGCCUAUGGCUUUGCUUCCACAGCCUUUGAAGGCGAUGUCGACGAGAUGGUACCUGAGAAAGAGUUGGAGUCGAAUCCUCUGCGUCAACAUGCUUCUGUCUAUCAUCACGGCCAGUCCUGGGUGAAAGAUCAAGUCUCUACGGAAGUCCCGAAACCAGAUGAAGUCGAAAGAAAGAAGAAGGCCGUCAUCCAUGUGAAGAAGGAGCCUCCAACUGAAGUCGAAAAGCAUGAAGUUCGUCUAAUUGCUCGAAUUGCUCCAGAUCAACAGCAGAAGCCGGAACCAUCUACCAGCAAGCAGGAAAAGCCCGCCAAGCUUUCCAACUUCUUCAAGAGAGGUCCAAAAUCUCGAGAAGUUGAGUACUACCCGGCAACUUCGGAAACCUACACAGGCCCGAUCGUUUCCGUGGAGCGCAACGAAGAGCUUCAGAACAUUCCUUUGGACACUUCCACGCCAACCUAUGCUUCUUAUUCCCCGAAAAAGACGCCAUCUGAAGCGCCUGUUGUCGUUGAACAGAGACGUUACAGACUCAUCGCAAGGUUGCGUCAUGAAGGCGAUGAAGACGAAGUCGAUAAGAACAGCAUCCAGCCCGAAGCCUAUGGCUUUGCUUCUACAGCAUUUGAAGGCGAUGUCGACGAGAUGGUACCUGAGAAAGAGUUGGAGUUGAAUCCUCUGCGUCAACAUGCCUCUGUCUAUCAUCACGGCCAGUCAUGGGUGAAAGAUCAAGUCUCUACGGAAGUCUCGAAACCAGAUGAAGUCGAAAGAAAGAAGAAGGCCGUCAUCCAUGUGAAGAAGGAGCCUCCAACUGAAGUCGAAAAGCAUGAAGUUCGUCUGAUUGCCCGAAUUGCUCCAGAUCAACAGCAGGAGCCGGAACCAUCUACCAGCAAGCAAGAAAAAUCCGCCAAGCUUUCCAACUUCUUCAAGAGAGUUCAAAAAUCUCGCGAAGUGGAAUACUACCCGGCAACUUCCGAGUCUUACUCAGGCCCGAUCGUUUCCGUGGAGCGCGGCGAAGAGCUUCAGAACAUUCCUUUAGACACUUCCACGCCAUCCUAUGCUUCUUAUUCCCCGAAAAAGACGCCUUCUGAAUCGCCUGUUGUCGUUGAACAGAGACGUUACAGACUCAUCGCAAGGUUGCGUCAUGAAGGCGAUGAAGACGAAGUCGAUAAGAACAGCAUCCAGCCCGAAGCCUAUGGCUUUGCUUCCACAGCAUUUGAAGGCGAUGUCGACGAGAUGGUACCUGAGAAAGAGUUGGAGUUGAAUCCUCUGCGUCAACAUGCCUCUGUCUAUCAUCACGGCCAGUCAUGGGUGAAAGAUCAAGUCUCUACGGAAGUCUCGAAACCAGAUGAAGUCGAAAGAAAGAAGAAGGCCGUCAUCCAUGUGAAGAAGGAGCCUCCAACUGAAGUCGAAAAGCAUGAAGUUCGUCUGAUUGCCCGAAUUGCUCCAGAUCAACAGCAGGAGCCGGAACCAUCUACCAGCAAGCAGGAAAAGCCCGCCAAGCUUUCCAGUUUCUUCAAGAGAGGUCAAAAAUAUCGAGAAGUUGAGUACUACCCGGCAACUUCCGAGUCUUACUCAGGCCCGAUCGUCUCCGUGGAGCGCGGCGAAGAGCUUCAGAACAUUCCUUUGGACACUUCCACGCCAACCUAUGCUUCUUAUUCCCCGAAAAAGACGCCUUCUGAAGCGCCUGUUGUCGUUGAACAGAGACGUUACAGACUCAUCGCAAGGUUGCGUCAUGAAGGCGAUGAAGACGAAGUCGAUAAGAACAGCAUCCAGCCCGAAGCCUAUGGCUUUGCUUCCACAGCAUUUGAAGGCGAUGUCGACGAGAUGGUACCUGAGAAAGAGUUGGAGUCGAAUCCUUUGCGUCAACAUGCUUCUGUCUAUCAUCACGGCCAGUCAUGGGUGAAAGAUCAAGUCUCUACGGAAGUCCCGAAACCAGAUGAAGUCGAAAGAAAGAAGAAGGCCGUCAUCCAUGUGAAGAAGGAGCCUCCAACUGAAGUCGAAAAGCAUGAAGUUCGUCUGAUUGCCCGAAUUGCUCCAGAUCAACAGCAGGAGCCGGAACCAUCUACCAGCAAGCAAGAAAAAUCCGCCAAGCUUUCCAACUUCUUCAAGAGAGGUCAAAAAUCUCGCGAAGUGGAAUACUACCCGGCAACUUCCGAGUCUAACUCAGGCCCGAUCGUCUCCGUGGAGCGCGGCGAAGAGCUUCAGAACAUUCCUUUGGACACUUCCACGCCAACCUAUGCUUCUUAUUCCCCGAAAAAGACGCCUUCUGAAGCGCCUGUUGUCGUUGAACAGAGACGUUACAGACUCAUCGCAAGGUUGCGUCAUGAAGGCGAUGAAGACGAAGUCGAUAAGAACAGCAUCCAGCCCGAAGCCUAUGGCUUUGCUUCCACAGCAUUUGAAGGCGAUGUCGACGAGAUGGUACCUGAGAAAGAGUUGGAGUCGAAUCCUCUGCUUCAACAUGCUUCUGUCUAUCAUCACGGCCAGUCCUGGGUGAAAGAUCAAGUCUCUACGGAAGUCCCGAAACCAGAUGAAGUCGAAAGAAAGAAGAAGGCCGUCAUCCAUGUGAAGAAAGAGCCACUAACUGAAGUCGAAAAGCGCGAGUUGAGGCUGAUAGCAAAAGUUUUGCCGCAGCAAAGAGAUCACUUCUCCUUGCCUUCGAGUGAAGGACGUGGCGAGAGUGGUAGUGAUAACAUCAAGACGCUCAAGUUGUUGCAAGAUCUUGAAAAAAUCGCUUUUCCGAGCAGUGAGAAAGCAAAAGCUCCGCGUGCCACUGUUGUGACCUAUUUGCCGUCUUCUCUGCGAUUCGAACCUAAAGCAGCUCGUGUUGAAGGAUGUACUGCUGAUGGAAACAACUUUGUUGAAAUUAAUCUUGAAAGGCGUGUGGAAGUUCAACUGGAGCCUCUGUAUUGUUUACGCGGGGCGGGGAUCGGCGCAGUGUCGGAAGAUGAGAGUGGCCUGAUCUUCACUUCAACUCCUCCUUCGAUGUCUCCCCCUGAACGAUCUUUCCUCGCUCGUCUUGGCCUGAAAGUCAGUAGAAGUUUUUUUUUUUCUCUCAUUUUCAUAGUUUUUCGCGUUCUGAAUCGGGCUUUGCAUGUUGCAGAUGUUUUUGUUGCUUCAUUUUGUUUUUUCUUCUAUUUCGUAUCGACCACUCUGUUGGAUAUGAGUUCAUCGUGUAAAAUUAUCAGGUUUACUGGUAAUCGUUUUGUUCGCUUGAGCGCAACUAACAUUCUGUUAUCGUUUCGUGUUUUCAUCGUAUCCAGCUUUGAUGUCGUAUCGCGAAGACUAUAAAUUUCUGCUGUGCACCGGUAGAGUGUGGGAUGCGUUGCUUCGGCUUCUUUCCAUUUUUUUUGGGUUCCAGUGAAAAAAAUUCCUGUCUUCUGUUCAUUAACUUGCAGGUAAAUAUGAGUAGUAUAGCUUAUCAUCAGCAAGUGCAAGUAGGUUAAUUUUUUUCACGAAGUAUGUAUUGUGUUCAAAAAAUGAAUACUAGUAGGGUUAGCAACAAAACUUUCCAUAUGAAUAGUUCUAGGAAAAUAUAUGUUGAGAUUUUAAAACAUGAACAGAAUAUUUUUAUGUUCGCUACAGUAUUUCGUCAUUGAAAGAUGCUUGAUGCGCAAGUUUUUGUUUGCGUUCCGCAGCUGUCAAGUGGAUUUCGUGUGAGUUGCCUGUCGUGUGACAAGAAGUUUCCUAUUGGUUAACCCUCCGCUUCACGGCAUCGGAAUAUCCGUUUCUCUCUACAAGUUCACAUUUCAGCGUGACAAAAAAGGCAAGCAAUCUCGCAAGGGGAAGAACGAAACGAACUCGAGCGAAUCCAGCGAUAGUGAUGAUGAGAAACGCCGUUUCGCUGUUAUCACUUCUGAGGUAAUUUUUCAUUUUCAGAAAAUAGAAGCUUUUGAAGACACAGUUUCAACUUUACACGUAAGAUUUUCUAGUUUUCAAUGACAAGAAUGAUUUUUUGAACUCUAUUUCUUUUAGCGCUUUUUCAUGCACGGGUUGAACACCUCGAGUUUCUUUUUUGGUUUUAUACCAUCUUUUUUUAGAAGAGUGACUGAAAAGGUGACUGAAAAUGAAGAAAAAACUCAGUAGGAAGGUUAUUUUACUUUGCAGUUGGGAAUUUUUUUGACAAAUAGAAAAAAUAUCCUUUUCUGAUCCUUUUUAGGAAACGGGUCUGAUCAGUUUUUCAGUUUUAUAGGGUAUAACUUGAACUUGGAAAGCGUUAGAUCUAAAUUUCCCAUGUUUACAGAGUAAAAAAGAUAAAGAAGCUGUCAAUUUUCUAUUUGAAAAUGUUUCAUUUUCUGUUGUCCUAAACGUUGAUAGAAAAGUUAGAUUUGUCAAAUUAGCUGUAGCAUGUUUCUAUUCAAACAGUUGAGAUGGGACUAUGUGAAAAUUUAAUGAUGGUAAUGUUUUUUUUUUUGAAUACGAUCAAUUAUGAAUUCCUUUAAGUUUUCGUCUUAAAAGAGUCUAAUUAGGUUUGCGAACUCAUAAGAGAAUAAAAACUGUUUUCAUGAGGCCAUGAAUCUUAUUUUGGAUAAAAUAAUUACUGUCCAGAUACUCAGGAACAACUAAUUACUUCUUAAAAGUAAGAUGUUCCCAUGCGUAUGUAGUCUUCUUUUUAAUGGUUUCACGAGAUUUUUCUUGGUAUUUUUUAUUUCUUUUGUUUCAAAUUUGAAUUCACAACAAACUUGUGCCGCGAUCUCCAAUGGCAUUUUAAUCUCCGAAACGCCACAGAUACCCAAGAAAGGAAAGGUUGACGAUGUCAAGCCGGUUGUUUUCUCGCCCACCGAGGAGCAGCUGAGAAUGGUCCGCCAGGAAACUCGCGAGACUGAGUAUCGUCUCAAAGGGGAAGGAUUGUCUGCUGGUUUCAACCCCGCCGACCCGGUAUUCGUCGAUUUUUACAUACGCUUUUCCUAAUCUAUCUUGAUUCUUUUUUCUCUUUGAAAGUUUUGCUAUCCUAUCCUUUCCAUGACGGAAAUAAGAAAAAUCAACGAAACAGUUUAACCCAAAACAGACAGCCUAGAGCUUUGGUGGCGGACUUUGCAGACCGAAAUAAAAGAUAAAGGAAGAAAUUUUAGCAUUAUGAAUUUUACAUGAUUUAAUAUUGAGAUCAUCAGUUCAAAUUUCUGAGAAUUAAACUAACUUUUCUUCAGACUGAUAAUUAAAACUUCAAAACUUGAAUUUGCUUCUGGAAUACAAUUUGGAAAAUAACUUUUUUGGUUUUCGGAGGGUUUCAAUCUUUGGAAACAUGCAGCCACGAGACAAUCCCAUUUUCAUAUUAUGGGUUUAUAAUUAUUAUUUUUUUUUUUGUUGAAUUCUUAUGUUUUCUUCACGAUUAGUUUGUAUCCCCGAAGUAAGAAGAUUUUUGUUGAUUUUAUGUAAAUGGUUUUUAGGAAGUGUAGUGUUUAGAUUCCAACAAUCGCGCUGUCCCCCUUAUUUCGUUGAAUAGAUGUUAGUCGAAAAUCGAGGAAGACAAUCGGCUCAUUUUGCUGGAGCCAAAGAUUUUAUCGAGGAGUAGGUGUCGGAUCGAUUACGCUAACAGCGGACUUCACGCCAGAAAAAAAUGUCUAAAUCAGUUUUAAAUGGCCUAAGCUUUUUUAAAAAGGCUUUCAAAUAAUUUUUGAAGUUUUUGAUAAGAUUACUUAAGAAGCUAUGACCUGAAAAGAUAAAUAACCGAAGAUUUUAGUUAUUGAUUUCUUAUUCGUGACUUCAAAAAAGUUAACAUGAGUCAAAAACUCGCGGAAGUAGUGACGCUGAGAGAUUUGUUCUAAACUUUUAAAGACUGUUUGGACAAGUUUGUGAACAUUUCAAAGUUUAUUACCAAAAGGAAACUCUUUGUGAGAUAUAAUGUUUUCUUUUGAUCUUAUUUCUGACUUUUUAGCGUAAAAUCCGCUGUAUAAUAAUCAACGAAAACGAUUUGACUCUUGUAAGAAAGCGCCGAUCUUUUUUGCUCGAUUUCCAACUAACGUCAUCAGUUCUGUUAAAAGUGCUGGUUCCUAUCCUCCUAGAAUUUUUCACAUUUUUCCGUUCCACUUUAUCCUUCUCAUUCUCUUCUACAGUCGCUGUCGACAACGAUGGCAGAAGCCGAACGUCUGAAUGCGAGCAGCCCAAGAUUGGAGCACGCUGAGCGUACUUUCACUGUACGCGCCACAGCUCCUAUCCCGGUCUCCUUCGAGGUAUCCCAGACGCCUCUCUCGUUGCUCUUUUUCCGUCUUAUGUUUUUUUCUUCGUUCGUUUAUUUUGUUUCAUGAUGGUGAAACCGUGGUUGAGUUGUAUCUGUCCGUCCCUUUACUGUGAUUUUUUUUUCUGUAGUUUUCACACUCUUUUGCUUGUUCUUUCUUUCUUUGAGUGAAGUCGUCGUGAGUCCUCUAUCUUCACUUCUAAACUGUGCUGAAGCCGAUUCUCUAUCACGCUCUUCUCUAUGUUACCUAUUUUGCCCGCCAUUAACAAAUUCCUCGUUUUUUUCUGCACUCUCAAGAUAACUGUCAGAAGAAUCCUUAAGGAGAACACGCUCUUCAAGUGUUUCUGCGGGAAAAGUGAACCAAUAUGAAUAAUUUAAGACUAUGACGAAGAUUCUUUUUUGAGAUGUUCAUGAAUUCUCAACUUUUUUUAACCUUUCGGAAACAACUUUUUGCUUACAGCUUCAAAAUUGGUAGUUAUAUGAUAACUUUGUGCACUGGCCUAAGGAUGUAGAACAAGUUAUAGUCAAAAUUUUUUUUCUCAAAUUUUCAAAAAUCGCAGAAGUUGGAUUCCAUUGAAUGAUAAGUAUUAGAACUCUGAAAGUUUUAUUCAGUUUUUAAAGAAUAUUCUUUGCUGAAUUAUGAAAUAAUUGAAUUGUUUGUCGAUACGCGAAACUGUUGGAAACGAAAAAAAAAAAAGGAAGCUAUGAUCUGAAUGGUAUUUUCUGAUAAAGGCGUUAGGGAACUACGGUUCUGAUGAGCUGGUCACGCUUUUUUUCAGUUUCAAAUGAAUCCGAGAAUAUCAAAUAUUAUACAUGAUAUUCAUGACAUCGGUCCCUAAAAGCUUCAAACCUGGAAAUGAACGCAAUAUAGCUUUUUGAGGAAGAACGAUCGCUUACUUACAAAGUUCCUCCUUGAAGGAUGCUGUCUAUUCGCAGAGCACUCAGUUUUCUUCAAUUUCCGGAACUUUCUUUUUCUUUGUUCAGACGUCGUCAGUUGACAGAGCGUUGUAGCACAUUAAGUGAAUUUUUAAGUGCUCAAAGCUUGAAGCUUUAACUCUAAUAUAUGACUGCUUGGGCACUAACGAGAUAUGUGAUGUAUGCUCCAGAUGAGUACGACUCCGCUCGGUGUUGUUUGUGGCCAAGAUGAUUCUAUAAGACGAGCGUCUCUGUGCUUCUUUUUGAUUUUCAAACGCUGUUCUAUGCGAUGAAUACUCAAAAAAGCUUCAGCUUUCCGUGUUUUGCGUGAACGCCGGUAAACUGUCGGUUUCAGGAGAGCGGACAGCCGCACACGACGGUUUCCAGCUGGCAAGAGAACAGCGAACUGCCAGAGCAGGUUGUCACCGACUACGACGAGCACGGAAACAAAAUCACGUCAGUAUCCGAAAAGAUGUAGUCUGUCCUUACGAUCGUUUUCAGCCGUACGAUCCGAACCUCACAAGUCAAGCAUACGGUCCAGAAACAAACUUUCCAAAACUACAUCGUGGACGAUGACCAAAAUCCCGUGGUAGGUAAUUUGAAACAGUUAACGUUUACUACCCAAUUACCCAAUUUUUGCGUUUUUGUUUGUGGGACUUGAUGAUGAAUAAUAGAUCGAAAAUUUUAGUUCUGGAAAAAAUUUCAUUUCUUUCCCAUCUCCUUUUCACGUUGUAACAGUAGAAAACUUCAGUACUUCGAUUCCAAAUCAAAAUUAUUUGCGCAGAUAACGUAUGAAUCUAUUUUAUUUCAAAAGUAUCGGAAUGUUUGAUAACUCCCGAAGUUAGAAAAAAUUUUUUUUUCGACUCGAGAAAUGCCCUCGUCGGUGUUACAGUCAUUAUUUCUGCAAAGAUGAUUUUUUUUAUUAAGGGUGUCGUCCAAGUUGAACGAAGUCGCGAGCAGCUGACGCCAGUCGGCCAAGAGGCCAAGAACGGCUACGGCGUCGCGGAAUCGCACACUCGGACCAUGACCUACGACGCGAACGGCGGCGACGACGCCUGGGGAGGCCAAGUCGGCGAUUUCUUUCUGAGCUCUUCAAACGAAACUUUUGCAGGGCUUAGGCGAGUUUGUGUCGUCGAAGACCGUCACACAGGGCAAUAGAACUAUCGAGACCAUCACCUACAAGGUUGAGAAGGACGGUAUCAUUGAGACGCGCGUCGAGCACCGCGUGACCAUCCAUUCCGAUGCUGCUAUUGAUCACGAUUCGGUAAUCCUUCAACUCUAUUCAAAAAGGACAAAAAAAUGUUGCUUCUGGGAGAAGGGAAAUCAUAGCGAGGAACGUAAGAACAGUUGUAAAUAACUCUUUUUUUUUCUCUUCCUUUUCCGAGUUUGCUGUCAGAAAAUGAAGAACGGUCAUUUUUUGAACUUUAGAAGACGUUCAGGCUAAUUUAUAGAAUUUAUAAACUUCGCGCCGAAUCGAUACUAAACUUUUUCAGGAGCUGAGCCAAGCUAUUCUGGAGGCAACGCAGAUGAAUCCGGAUAUGACGGUCGAAAAGAUCGAAGUACGCCAGGAAACGACUAAUUGA